GGUGCGCCGGGACUAUUUAAGAUUGCCUCACGUGUCACAUUCGUUAAUGUGGCUCCGGGCUCCGACACCAGACGUUGAAGGAGUUCAGUCGCGUGGACGUCCUCAACGGAGCAUCGUCAAUUUUGCAUUUUCAUCAAGUGUGUGAAGGUGUGAGGAGAGGAUGGCAGUGUGGUGGAGUGUGGUGGUGGUGGUGGCGGCGGUGCUCCACACCUCUCAAGCCGCACACUUUCCCAGCAAGACCUCCAGCCUGUGUCAGGAAAACAGCCUGCAAAAGCUGAUGCUGAAUCAGACGGGCUACGUGCAGUACGUCCACUACUUCACCCAGUUCCCGCGCCUCACCGCCUUUACUAUGCACUACUGGUUCAACCUCAUCAGCACCAACCGCACCUCAACCUCCUUCAAUUAUGGAUUGAAUGAACUGAGCACCAACAACAACCUGACGGUUCAGCUGGUAAAGGAAGGCCAGCAGUUCUGGACGCUGCAGAUCAACGACCAAUUGGUGAGCAAAGUUCCGUCCAAGUUCGUCGGGGUGGGGGAGUGGCACCACAUGCUGCACUCCUGGGACUCCGCCACCGGCCAGUGGAGUGUUUUCAUGGACGGCAAGCUCCUCUCUCAUGGCUUUGAUCCCAAGAGCGUGGGGCUGGUGGUCCCAGGAGGAGGGGUGGCUGUAUCCGGUCAGCACCAGAAGACGGCAAUAACUGGGGGCAUGGACAGGGGGGAAGGCUUGGAGGGCUGGUUCACCCUCUUCCAGCUAUCAGCGCAGUCUAUCAAGGACCCAACAUCCAACAGAGCCGCCAACGUUGUCGCCUCCCUCACUUCAAAAUGUACAGAAGACUUUGGUGGUGACGUCAUAAGUUGGCGCAAAACCCCACGGAAGGGCUAUGGAGGCGUCGCGGAGACUCCUGGCAGGGAGGUGUGUGGCGCCUUUUAGACGAUGGCAUCGAAGCUACCAUGGCACCUGCAGUUGUAAAAAGAUGUCCUCGAUGAGACAAGAGCUCCGGCGGUAGCUGGGAAGUCUUCUUUUAGCCCCCAAAGGUUACUCAAAUACAAGGGGGAUAUUUUACUUGUGCUGUCCAAAAAUAUUUAUAGAAUUCAGAGACUGACGUUUGUUUAUUUUUUUUAAGAAGUAAAAACUAAUGCUUUGUCUUUGA